GGCAGCAUCUCAUAGCCACAUCACAUCCUCUCACAGGUACUCUCACUUUGCAGGGACACCUGAACAGAGAAGAACAAUCUUUACUGAAAGCUUUGUUGGAAAGUCUGUGGACUCAGCAUUUCAGUUUUUGUUCGGUCAACCCACAAAGAACCAGCAUGUCGAUGGGCAUGGAGAUUGUGGGCAUUGCCCUUGGACUCAUUGGUUUUAUCAUUGCAAUAGUGACAUGCGCUCUGCCAAUGUGGAGGGUGACGGCUUUCAUCGGUGCCAACAUCAUCACUGCUCAGACCAUAUCGGAGGGCCUAUGGAUGAACUGUGUCACCCAGAGCACGGGCCAGAUGCAGUGCAAGAUCUACGACUCCAUGCUGAACUUGUCUCAGGAGCUGCAGGCCUCCCGGGCCAUGAUGAUCAUCGCCAUUAUACUCGGGGUUCUCGGGGUCAUGAUCUCCAUCGUCGGCGCAAAGUGCACCAACUGCAUUGAAGACGAGGGGGCCAAGGCCAAAGUGAUGAUCAUCGCUGGAAUCUUCUUUGUCUUAGGUGGCCUUCUGGUCCUCAUCCCCGUCUCCUGGACAGCCAGUGUCACCAUCCGUGAUUUCUACAACCCCAUUUUGAGCAGCGCGCAGAAGAGGGAACUGGGGGCCUCGCUCUACAUCGGCUGGGGUGCAGCCGCCCUGCUCCUGAUUGGCGGGGCGUUGCUUUGCAGUAGCUGCCCACCAAGAGAGAAGAAGUACAAGCCACCCAGGAUGGCGUACUCCGCCCCGCGCACCACCAGUGCAGGUGGAGGGUAUGACAGGAAAGACUAUGUUUGAACAGAAGUGUCUGACUGAUAGGUGUGGAAAGUAGGAUCAUUUUUUGUUGCAUUGAGUGUUUUUGUUGGUCUUUGUUGUAUUUUUCAGUUUGAAACUACAGGGUAAACCCCUGCAAAAAGACUCCGUGAUGAAGAAGUGUGUACAAAUAUUAAUCAUUUUGCUUUGCUUGGUUAAUUACAUAACAUAAACAGCUUUUUUCCACUUUAAUUUAGCAGCUUUGUCUGAGGCUUCAGUACUGAAACAUCAAAGUCUGUCGUCAAGUAAAACAUUUUCUUUAUGCUUGUGAAAUUUUAAAACUGCAUCCCUCUGACAAAAUGUAAUUAUAUUUGAGUUUCAGGGGCAUUAUGUGAAUCUGAAAACACCUGCUUGCUUCUUGUGUGUGUGUCAUUAGCUGUCGGCCUGCUGGUGUUGUAUUUCACUGAAACUUGUAGUUAAACUAGUGUGUGUGUCACUGACAAAGGCAAAGAAAAGCCAGGUCUCAUUUUACAUGGAUUUGGUUGUGUAUUUGAUCAGAGUGUGUGUGUGUGUGUGUGUGUGUGUGUGUGUGUGUGUGUGUGUGUGUGUGUGUGUGUGUGUGUGUGUGUGUGUGUGUGUGUGUGUGUGUGUGUGUGUGUGUGUGUGUGUGUGUGUGUGUGUGUGUGUGUGUGUGUGUGUGUGUGUGUGCUUUGCAUGUAAUAUUUGCUUAGGUGAGUUUCUGCCGAGACUGAAACUAAAGAUGGAUCCAUGGUAUGUCUCCGGGUUAUCCAGCUUUAUCUUCUUCCUCAUACUGUCUGUUUGUGACAUAGAGGAGAUUGUUUCAUUUGACAUCACCUUUUAUAUGUCCACAUGUGUGAGUUCAUAUUAUAUUUCUGUGAUAAAAUGUUUUGCUAUGUACUCUAACUCUAGAUACUUCAUUGUGUGUUUCAAAUAGAUUUGUAUUGUGUCUUUUUAUAUUUUAUUUUUUAUGUAAAUAUCAUAAACAACAGCCUGUAUGUUCUUUGUGUCAAACAAAGAGCCAAACGACCACUUCUAUUUAUAGAGGCCUUUUCCAACCUAUCCUAUACAAAAGAAAAUGAGGAUGUGUGUGUGUGUGUGUGUGUGUGUGUGUGUGUGUGUGUGUGUGUGUGUGUGUGUGUGUGUGUGUGUGUGUGUGUGUGUGUGUGUGUGUGUGUGUGUGUGUGUGUGUGUGUGUGUGUGUCAGGGAACAGGACUACAGCUGUUAUAGGAUGUUUGUUUCCACAUCAGGAGGAUGUGUAUUCAAAAUGAGUUAAGUUGAAUAUUUCUUUUUAUACUUAAGUGUAAUUCAAAUAUUGUUGAAAUAAUAUAAAAUGCUUUGUAUGUUUCAUAAUAGUGCUUGAAUUGUGUGUGUUGACAUGCCAAUAAAAGUCAAUCUACGAA